AUGGAACCAGGAGCUUUAGUGCUGCUAGGUUGUUUGGACAAUAUAAAUAAAAACAAUUAUACUUUGAUUGAACAAGAAAAAAUAAUUCAAGAAAAGGAGCAUGAAAUCAAGGAGAAGGCUGAUCAGGUACAGAGCAAGGAUGCUCAAAAUAGGGACCUAACCAGUCAAAUAAAUGUUAUAUCCCAAAACUUAACUAAAGCUAAUGAAAAACUUGUAAAAUGUGAUAAAUCAAACUAUUGCCCCACCGCCGGAAAAGGUACUUAUCAUAUAAAGAUUCCAGGAGUGAGUGUCUUUGAGGCUCCUUGCAAUGGAUCUGGAUGGAUGGUGAUUCAGAGACGGAUGGACGGAAGUGUGAACUUUGAACGGAAUUGGACAGAAUACAAAGAUGGAUUUGGCAACUGGACAGGAGAGUUCUUUUUAGGCUUGGAGAAGUUGCACCUACUGACAGAAUCGAGGCAGCACGAACUGCAUAUCCGUCUGGGAAAAGUUGACGGAUCUAUGGAUUUUGUGAACUAUGAUGAUUUUAGGGUUGGUAGUGAGAAGAAUUUGUAUUCAUUAGAAUCGAUUGGAAGUUCCACUGGAGGUGCAGGCGAUUCCCUCAAAAUCAAUGAGGGACUGAAAUUUUCGACAUGGGACAGGGAUAAUGACCUGGAUAAAUUAAGAUGCGUUGUGGCGUGUGGUGGUGGUUGGUGGUUUGAAAGAUGUGGACACAGCUCCCUAAACGGAAGAUUUUACAAAGAUGGUAAGAUGAAGAAAAAGUCAUACGGCAUAUUUUGGGAAAGUUGGCACAAAAACGACUGGUCUCUUUCACUUACAUUUGUUGAAAUGAUGAUUAGACCAAAAUACAAUUAGUAAUUUGUUGAACUAUGGAAUUUAAGAAACUUCUUCGCACAAACCUUUUUGUAACCAUCCC